AUGCAUCUUCGAUCGAUUGUUCGACAUCGAACUGUCUUGUCAACAUCUUUGCGGAUCUUGCAAAGUUAUACACCAACUGUUGCGAAUCAAGCGCAUUAUCAUCAACGGAUUUUGCCAAAACCGAUUACUCGUACAUCUAUACCAAUUCGACGUUACUUGGCGACGAAUGCUGAACAAGCGACAGCCGAAUCGGUACCGCGUGUGGAAAAGCAUCAGUUUCAAGCAGAAACUCAACAAUUGCUGCAUAUUGUUGCCAAGUCGCUCUAUUCCGAUAAAGAAAUUUUCAUUCGUGAAUUGAUUUCCAACGCAAAUGAUGCUUUGGAAAAACUACGUUACGUGCAACUCUCGGCCGGUGGCGAACAAGUUGGAGACGAUAAACGAGAAAUUUAUCUCUAUGUUGAUGAUAUCAAUAAAACAAUAACAAUCAAGGAUACCGGUAUUGGUAUGACAAAGAAAGAAGCAAUUGAUAACUUAGGUACCAUUGCUCGGUCUGGUUCAAAAUUGUUCAUAGAAGAACUAAAAAAGGACAAGACUAAUACCGACGAUGGAAAAAUUAUUGGUCAAUUUGGUGUUGGCUUUUAUUCAGCAUUUAUGGUAUCGAAUUCCGUUGAAGUCGUAACUCGUUCGUAUAAAAAAGAUGAACCAGGUUAUCGAUGGACAUCCGAUGGAUCGGGUUCGUAUGAAAUCGAAACAUUACUCGACGAUGUUGAACGGGGAACAAGCAUUCGCUGCCAUUUACGAGAUGAUUGUGCAGAGUUUAGUAAAGAAGAAACAGUGAAACAAAUCGUGAAGAAGUAUAGUAAUUUCGUUUCGGCACCCAUUUAUAUCAACGAUGUUCGUGUCAACAAUCUCCGUGCUUUAUGGAUGGAAGAUGCCAAGUCGAUCAAAGAAGAUGAGCAUACUGAAUUCUAUCGAUUCGUUUCCGGUCAAUAUGAUAAACCACGUUACACAUUGCAAUACAAAAUCGAUGUUCCAAUCAAUUUGCGAGCACUGAUCUACAUACCGCAAUACAAACCGAAUAUAUUCGAUGUGACUCAGGAAAGUGAUGUCGGUGUUGCUUUAUACAGUCGAAAAGUUUUGAUUCAGCCGAAAGCGAAUCAACUCUUACCGCGAUGGCUCCGAUUUGUCAAAGGUGUUGUGGACAGCGAAGACAUCCCAUUGAAUUUAAGUCGAGAACUGUUACAAGACAGUAAUCUGAUUCGGAAGAUUCGUUUAUUGUUAUCUCAACGAAUCAUUCGAUUUCUUCAAGAACAAUCGAAGAAAGAUAAAGCUAAAUACCAAGAAUUUUACGAAGAUUACAAGUUAUUCUUUAAAGAAGGCAUUGUUCGAACAGCUGAUCAAGGCGAGAAAGAAGACAUCGCCAAACUGUUACGUUUUGAUUCAUCACGUGAAGAACAAGGCAAUUUAAUCAGUCUCGAAGAAUAUAUCGAUCGUAUGGUACCCGAACAAAAACAUAUUUACUACUUAGCUGGACCGUCAAGAGAAUUGUGCGAAAAUUCACCGUAUUACGAAGCAAUUCGACAAAAAGGCUAUGAAGUUUUGUUUGUUUACGAAUCGCAUGAUGAAGUUUUAUUAAUGCAAUUGGCAGAAUUCGAUAAGAAGAAAUUAAAAUCUGUCGAAUCUGAAUUGGAAACUGAUACGAAAAAAGAUGAUACAAUCCUUGAAGGAGAUGCUCGUAGUCUAUCUCAAGAUGAAGCCAAUCAAUUGAAACAAUGGAUUCUCAAACAAUUCGGUGACAAGAUUAAGAAUGUUAAAAUCAAUACCAAACUUGAUCAACACCCAUGCAUCAUUACUACGAAUGAAAUGGGCGCUGUUCGUCAUUUCUUGAAGACGAAUUUACUUCAACGCAAUAAACAACAGGAAAUCUAUAAAGUUCUUCAGCUUAAUUUUGAUAUCAAUCCGAAACAUACUCUCAUCAAGAAACUCUACACGAUCCAAAAGUCCAACAAUACCGAAUUAGCCAAUAUGCUUUGCCAACAAUUGAUUGACAAUGCAAUGGUCACCGCCGGUCUUGUGGAAGAUUCCCGUUUAGUUCUAACUGGUUUAAAUAAACUAUUAGAAAAAGUUUUGGAGAAAUAUUAA